CGUAUCGGUUGGAUGUGCGUAGUUACGCUGUGAAUAUUUUUGGAUCAAUUGUCGGUGUUUUACACUUUCUUUAUUAUUAUCUUUAAUUUAAACAAAUAUACAACUCCGUGGCUUGGCGUCAGGAAUCCAAUCCACGGUUUUAAACCUGUACGCUACCGCUACGCUACGCGCUCUUCAUUGGUUUUAAACCUGUUAUCAAAAUAGAAUGGCGUAUAUAGAUUAGCUUUAUAGGUCCACUGAGCCAAAAGAGCACCAAACCAAACCAAACCGAUAUAGCGUACGCACCGACAAAUUGUGGAGAUGGCUACGUAGUUGCUAAUGUGCACCAUUCGUGAACAUAGCGCUGGCGUACAAGGCGAAAAUAUUUAGUUUUUCUUAUGGUCUUGGUUCUCAAUUUUCUCUUUACUGAUAUAUGCAGUCGAAGAAGAAUACUUAACCUAACCUGUUCUGUGCAACGUACAUAUCGACACGUGCGUAUCUGAAAAUGUCAACACGGUUGGUGCUCAAGAAGAAUAACACUCGUUAAAACAACAACAACAAAGCUCUAAAAUGUCGCAAAUAACCGACGCAAAAGAAGUGAUUUUAACAAGUGACGCUCUAGGAGAAAAUUGGAGCGCUGCGGUGUGGGAUCCACGAAACGGUUCUCAGUUGUCUGUCUUCAAGACUACAGCCGCUCUCGGUCAUCGUACUCUUCAUCUACUAAGCGAUAGCUACUUGUUAGGCGCCGAUGUUGCUGCGCCUCGUAUACACAUCUGGCCAUUGAAUAAUCCGUCACCUUUGUCCAACGUUCGACUGAUUACACCGGGCAAGAUAAACGCUCUUACAUGCACACCAAGUGGAUCGUACAUUAUAGCCGCGGUGGGUGAAAAGAUAUUCAUCUGGCAGACCUGCAACGGUAGAUUGCUGGCCAAUUUAAGCAAGCACUAUCAAACUGUCACGUGUCUGGCUACAACAAAAGACGGUUCGCUCUUCGCCAGUGCUGGUGAAGACGGCCUAGUAUUUGUGUGGUCGCUCUACAGCAUUCUCAACGAGGAGGAACAUCGUGCUAUUCACAAUUUUUCUAAUCACAGUCUACCAGUCAGGGAUCUGUUUUUCGGCUAUGGCGGCAUUCGUGCGAGAUUGUAUACGAUUUCGCUAGACCGUACAACAAACAUUUACGAACUCGGUACCGGAGCUCUGUUGCUUUCACUGGUGUUUGACGUGCCGCUUACCGCGGUCACUGUAAACAUCCGCGAAAGCGAACUCUUUGUCGGUUCCACGACUGGUGAUAUAUUUCAAUGCAAUUUGCAUGAACCGCCACGCGGAGUCGAGCACCACGUGAAAAUAAGCUCGAACGGCGAGAACGAAGACGCCGUGUUUCGAGCUCACAAGUCGGACGUAACAGCUCUGUCGGUAUCAGUGGACUGCAGAACUUUGUUAUCCGCGUCUACCGACAAGUCGGUUCAUGUUUGGGAUAUUGCGAGCCGACAGGUGCUCAGAACGAUCGAACACAAGGGUCCGGUAACCGCUGCAUUUUUCGCGAAAGGAUUUGAAAACUUUCGCGCUUUCACACUUAAACCGCGUCUGGAAGUGCGCAGUCUGCAGAGGACGUCGGACAUUGAUGGUAGAGAGAGCCUCGUAGAAAUCAUCUCUAGAGGACGAAAUUCAACAGAUAUUUUAGACUUCGAGUCUUAUGUGGAGAGUGAAACGGGCUCACAAAGAUCUCAAAAGAUAUCGAAUAAAGAAGACGACAUGAGAGAAGAAAUCGACAGGUUGAAGAAGAUCAAUACCGCUCUGUAUCAAUAUAGCGUUACACGUGUUAUAAACAAAAUAAAAAAUACAUAA